CCUUAUAAACGUUGGAAUUGAUCAAUCGUAAACCGAGUAUUGAUUGAGGGUUUAUUGGACCUAGCAAAUCCUGGUAUGGUAGUACCGAGCGGCCGGUCCAGUCCGCUUGUAACGCCGGGGCUAUGACUAUGCAGUAAACUCAACAAAUGUUUGAUGUGGUGCCACUUAUUUGCGUUUGCCCCGAAUUUAGGAGAUAAAAGAUAAAAAGGGCAGAUCGAUUUGUGUCAACUCCGACGAACACAACGAUAUAAGCUGCAGCUCAGCAGAAUUUACCUUCGUUCCCCCUCUCUUACGAGAGCAGGCUUAUUUCAGUUGCUAGCAGGCAACAAAUCAUUUAAAUUGCGCAGCUCCGCUACAAUUCAUACCCCCAAAUUCAAAAAGCGGCAACUGAAAUUCACGAUGGCGGCACUUCCGUUGUCUUCUAGGGCAUAUUUCGACGGGAUAUAUAUCCCCGCCGGUCUGUUGGUACUUGGAACAUUUAUUGUUAAGAAGGAAUGGACGCCCGCUGCAGCUCUCGUUGCAAUUGUUCUAGGGUUAAUCAAGUACUUCCGCUCGUUGCCUAAGGUGGUCUUGAAGCCAGAUGUUUUCCAAGAAUUCGAAUUGAAGGAGAAGACAAUCAUCUCCCACAAUGUUGCCAUCUACCGGUUCUCCUUGCCCGCUCCGACAUCCAUCCUCGGUCUCCCAAUCGGCCAGCACAUCUCAAUUGGUGCCGUCCUCCCGCAACCCGAUGGCAGUACCAAGGAGAUUGUACGAUCGUACACCCCCAUCUCUGGUGACCACCAACCUGGCUACUUUGACCUCCUUAUCAAGUCGUACCCAACCGGUAAUAUCUCGAGGCACAUGGCGUCGCUUGCCGUCGGCCAGACGAUUCGUGUAAGGGGACCCAAGGGUGCUUUCGUCUAUACUCCCAACAUGGUCCGUCAUUUCGGAAUGGUUGCUGGCGGUACUGGUAUCACUCCCAUGCUCCAAGUUGUCAGGGCCAUCAUCCGAGGACGACCCACAGGCGACCGAACUCAGGUGGACUUGAUCUUCGCCAAUGUCACCGAGCAAGACAUCCUACUGAAGGAAGACCUCGAUGCUCUAGCGAAGGAAGAUUCCGGUUUCAGGGUCCACUACGUCCUCGACAAGCCUCCUGAGGGAUGGACUGGUGGUGUUGGAUUCGUCACUGCUGACAUGGUCACCAAAUGGCUACCGAAGGCCGCUCCGGACGUCAAGAUACUGCUAUGCGGUCCACCGCCCAUGAUCGGCGGUCUGAAGAAGGCAACGGAGAGCCUCGGUUUCCAGAAGGCUCGUCCCGUUAGCAAGCUAGAAGACCAGGUGUUUGCCUUCUAGAGUACUCGGCACAGUCUUUAUCUUCCACUACCGAUGUGUCACUUGGCAAUCCAUGUGGCUGAUCUAGCUUCCGACUAUAUAAGAAGCUCUUGCGCUAUAAAGAGGGAAUAGGCGCCUUCGUGUCAGUUAGUUCAUGAUGCUUAUUUAGACAAGUAAACGCAUGACAAAUGAUCAACAUAGAAAAGUAAUGAGAUCCUAUAGUAUAGGUAGCUCUUAUUCAGGUUGCAAGAUGUCGCUCAGGCAUUCAUUGUAUCAUUUACUGCCCUGGAUUAUUACCAUAGGUUACUUUGCGAAUAAAUUUAUUGUUACCUACG